CAUAAGCAAAAGAUCGUCGAAACUGUUUCUUUGUAAUUCUACGAGCUACGACAUGUAACUUGCAAAUUCACGAAUAUCAUUUCGUGGUUAGUACGUUAUCGUGUAAGAGAAAUCUGGUGUUGAUUGAAAUUUAUCUUUCGAAUCGCCCUUAAGACAGACAACUGACACAUAAUAUAGAUAAUUCUAAAGCAAAGUAGAAUGAGAUAUCAACGUCGUCCGAGCAGAAAAAUCAAUUCCAACCAAGAUUACGUUCUACCUGGGUAUGUAUGCAACAGAACGUGCACAGUGGCCCGCAGGUUCUUGAACUUGCCUGACGAUCUGUUUCCAUGCCAGGUGGGGACCGGGAUCGCCGGUCGGCAGGAGACGUCGUCACACCUCGCUCAUCCUCCGCAUCGUCAAGACGUUCAUUGCUCACGCUACCACGUCACGGGCAUCGUUUUUUCUCAUCAAAAAUCAACUUAUAAGUCCUUUUCGUAUUUUUCGAUCGUUCCUCGAUCGAUCCGUUGUCGCGUGUCAGACUUACCUUGUUUAGGCGAGAAUUCCAAAACAUCAAAACAGACAUCGAUGCUAUCGAUCAACAUGCGGAUCUUCAAAACGGUGCUGCUACUCGCCGCGUUAGGCUCUAACAGAGUUGCUCAGUGUUUACCGAUUGCGAACGAAACAUCGAUCGUGGAGUCAUCGAGCCCGACGACGCCGCCUUCCUACAAUUCUACGGUCGAUUAUUACGAUCAACGACAAAACGGAUCUGAGAAUUACCGUAUCCACGUGGACGGCGUGGUAUUCGUCGUCGCACCCGUCGAGACGCUCCUCCUAGCCGGUGUUGCUGGCGAUAAUAAACCUAACUUACCGAUAAUUGAUUCUUCAAAGCCGCAAUCCAGUAAACCGGAAGUCGAUUCUAAACCGUCACCGGCGCCCAAAUCGACUCACAGGGCUGGUUUGCGUUUGGCGAAUUUGCUAGUUCCGUUGUUGCGUCGUAUUCGCCAAGAAUGAAGAACUCGGUCCUUUACACGAAACGCUGCGAGACAUUCGCAUAAAAUGUAAUUAUCCUAUCAUCAAUAUUUUUUGACA